AUGGAGGUUAAUGAUGUAAUCAGUACCCCAGUACAAGCAUUCUCCACGUCAAGUUCCGGUUUAUCCGGAAAUCUGGUCGACGAUGUUAACACCGCUUUCAUGGUUGAUAACUUGGACUUGGAUUUGCCCCUUUUUCAACAUGGACCUCUGUGGUUGGAUUGUCAUGGCAUUGAAUUGAUCGCAAACGCUACACGCCCUCCAUGCGAAAUUGCGAAUUGA